AUGAAGAACAUAUCUUACCUUUGGUUACAGCAUACCUCUAGCAGCGAUUCUCAAAAAAUGAUUUUAAAUGAUGGUAAUAUUAAAUCGUUUCGUAUGAUAAAAGUAUUUCGUGAAAAUAGUGACAGAAUUAAUUCAUUGGAUUUCAAUCGAAGUGGUGAAUUGUUAAUCUCAAGUUCAGAUGAUGAAACAAUUGUUGUGUACGAUUGUGAUUCUGGUCUGCCGAAACGACCCAUUCCAAGUAAAAAGUAUGGUUGUGAUAUGAUUCGAUUUACGAGAAGUGGCGAUCAAGCAUUACAUUGUUCGUUGAAAGUUGAUGACAGCAUUCGAUAUUUAUCAUUAUCCGAUAGUAAAUAUAUCCGUUAUUAUCAAGGACAUACUAAGAAAGUGAGAAACCUUUGUGUAUCACCAAUUGAUAAAUCAUUUAUAACAGCCUCAUGUGAUCAUACGGUUCGUGUUUGGGAUUUAAGAAGUCAACUUUGCCAGGGUUUGAUAUCGACACAAGGAAAUCCCGUUGUUGAUUUUGAUCCAGAUGGUAUUGCAUUUGGAAUUGGAAUUGAUUCACAAAUAAUUGGACUAUAUGAUAUUCGUAAUCAUGAAAAGGGUCCAUUUACAAUGUUAAAAUAUGAAUGUGAAGGUGAUUUUGAAUGGACACAUUUGAAAUUUAGCCCAAAUGGAAAAAUGAUUUUAAUUUCGACAAAUACAUCAUUAGUUCUACUAAUUGAUGCCUAUAGUGGAGUUUUACUUCACACAUUUACGGGUCAUCAAAAUACGAAAAAUUUGCCGCUUGAAGCAUCGUUUAGUCCCGAUUCGAAAUAUAUUUUUUGCGGUUCAACUGAUGGUCGUAUUCAUGUGUGGAAAGCUGAAAAUGGAGAAAAAUUGACGAUGUUUGCAGCUGAGAAAGGAGAAGAUACAGUGCAAUGUGUACAAUUUAAUCCAAAAGCGUUUAUGUUAGCAACAGCAUCUUCCAAUAUGAAACGUUAUGAAUAUACAUUUGAUGGAAGUCAUCAAGUGAAUGAUCAUGUUAAUGGAACAGUGUAUAUCAUUCCUUAUCGUUCAACAUUGGCAAAUAAAAUAUGUGAUAUACGUUGA